CUGCAACAAGUAAAUGCGACAAUAGAGAGUGAAUUGUCUUCGUGUGUCAUCGAUAUCAUCACCUGCCCUCUCUAUAAAUUAGCAAUCAAGAUGACAACAUAAUGGUAUGUAUGUAUGGUUGAUUCACUGGACUUGAAUUCUCCCAUGGCUUACUACUCAUCCACCCGUUCUUCUCCCACUACUUCUCCGACUCCAUUAAUGUCGUUUCUCUAUCUUUGCCUUAUCAUCUUAUUCCUCAGUACUUCCUCUGCGUUUGGUAGUGGAUUAGGGGUCUCUUCCUCUCGGUCGUCAUCAAGUGAAACAGAGGCUCUACUCAAAUGGAAAGCCACUCUCCAAAACUACUCUGUCUCUGCUCUCCGUUCUUGGAAGCUUACAUCAUCAUCCUCAGCACCAAUCCCCUGCUGCAACUGGUUUGGUAUAACUUGUAACAAAGCCCGAACCAGCGUGGUUGAGAUUAGCCUUCCAGGACUCGAGCUGCAAGGUACGCUUCACAACUUCACCUUCUCUUCCUUUCCCAAUCUCCUCCGUCUCAAUCUCAGCCUCAAUGGACUCACAGGACCCAUACCAGUGCAUAUUGGCAGCCUCUCCAAACUCACCCUCCUUGAUCUCUCCAAUAAUUAUCUUUCCAGCGUUCUGCCUCCCUUAAGUAAUUUAAGCAGCCUGAAAUUCUUAGACCUCUAUGGCAAUGAAAUCAGUGGCACAAUUCCUUUAGAAAUAGGGAAUAUGAAAAAUCUGGUUGAGUUAGCAAUAGGUUCGAAUAAAUUCACUGGUAUGAUCCCCCAUGUCCUGGCUAAUUUAAGCAACCUUCACUUUCUAUACUUGCAUACCAAUGAACUCAGUGGUCCAAUACUUUCUGAAAUCGGAGAUAUGAAAAAUCUGGUUGACUUGGCAUUACAACAAAACAACCUCAGUGGUCCAAUCCCUUAUUCUCUGGCUAAUUUAACUAGACUAGAGACCCUCUAUUUGUAUUCGAAUCAAUUAUCUGGUCCAAUGCCUUCUGAAAUCGGAGAUAUGAAAAAUUUGGUUCACUUGGAGCUAUCUCAAAACAACCUCAGUGGUCCAAUCUCUCAUUCUUUGUCUAAUUUAACUAGACUAGAGACCCUCUAUUUGCAUUCGAAUCAAUUAUCUGGUACAGUGCCUUCUGAAAUCGGAGAUAUGAAAAAUCUUAUUGACUUGGAGCUAUCUGGAAACAACCUCAGUGGUCCAAUCCCUCAUUCUCUGUCUAAUUUAACUAGACUAGAGUUCCUCUAUUUGGAUUCGAAUCAAUUAUCUGGUGCCAUACCUCAAGACUUUGGUAGCCAAGCAUCCAUUGUAGAAUUCCAAUUGUUCGACAACGUCUUAUCUGGAAGCUUACCGCAACAAAUAUGCCAAGGACGAUCACUUCAAAGAUUAGUGGUUCAAAACAAUAGUCUUACGGGUCCUAUUCCUGACUUCAGAAAUUGCACAAGUUUAGUGAGAGUUAGACUUGAAAAAAACCUAUUAGUAGGAAAUAUAACUGAUAGUUUUGGUGUAUAUCCACAUCUUUAUUACAUUGAUAUGAGUCACAACAGACUAUAUGGAGAGCUAUCACCAAAUUGGGGAAAAUGUAAAAAUUUGUCUGUUCUGAAGAUUUCUGGAAAUAAUAUUAGUGGGAAGAUACCACUUGAGGUUGGUCAGUUAACUCAACUUGGAGAACUUGAUCUUUCUUCUAACAAACUUGCUGGAGAAAUACCAAGGGAACUUGGUAACUUAUCUACAUUGCUCCUUUUGUAUUUAAAUGACAACAAGAUUUCAGGGCAUGUACCAGUUGAAAUCGGCAAAUUAAUCAAUUUGGAUCAUCUAGAUCUAUCGGCAAACUGCUUGAUUGGAUCAAUCCCUACACAACUUGGUCAAUGCUCCAAAUUGUUGUCAUUAAAUUUGAGCUAUAAUUCAUUGAAUGGAAGCAUUCCAUCUCAAAUUGGUGAUCUUGUAUCCCUACAAAUUCAAUUGGACCUUAGUCAUAACUCAAUCAAUGGACCGAUACCACCUGAGCUUGGGAAUUUGAAGAUGCUAGAAAUUUUGAAUCUAUCCCAUAAUAUGAUCACAGGCUCAAUACCUUUUUCUCUUGAAAAUAUGGUUAGCUUAGUAUCUUUUGAUCUAUCCUACAAUGAGUUAGAGGGUGUUGUUCCCAACACUAGGGUUUUUAGAAAUGCUUCUUCACCUCAAGCAUUAAGAAACAAUAAAGGGCUAUGUGGUGAACUCCAAGAUCUACUUCCCUGCAAUCGAUCUCUUACAAGCAAAGGAAUGAAAAAAAAUGGACACAAAGUUGUCAUAUCCAUUGUUGCUUCUUUUAUAGGAAUUGUGCUCCUAAUAUUUGCAAUUAUCAGUGUUUUCUUCCUCUUGCGAAAGAAAGUGAAAAAGGAGAAUACAGAACAAGCAAGAAGAAACCAUGGAAAUGUAUUUUCAAUAUGGAAUUUCGAUGGAAAGAUUUCUUAUGAGGACAUUAUUCAAGCAACAGAGGAUUUUGAUGCCAAAUAUUGCAUUGGAACUGGAACUUAUGGGAGUGUUUACAAAGCAGUGCUACCUACAGGCCAUGUAGUCGCCUUGAAGAAGUUUCAUCCAUUGGAAGGUGAGAUGAUAGUUGAUGAUGAAAGCUUUGGGAAUGAGAUUCGUGUGUUAACAGAAAUAAGGCAUCGAAACAUUGUCAAACUUUAUGGAUUCUGCUCUCAUCCACGAUGCAUGUUUCUUGUUUAUGAGUACAUGAAAAAAGGAAGCAUAGCACGUAUCUUAAGCAAUCAAGCAGAGGCUAUUGAGUUUGAUUGGCAGAAAAGAGUAAAUGCCAUCAAAAGUGUGGCCAAUGCUUUGUCUUACUUGCAUCAUGAUUGCAUUCCCCCAAUAAUUCAUCGGGAUAUUUCAAGCAAAAAUAUAUUACUAGACUUGGACCUUGAGGCUCAUGUAUCUGAUUUUGGCAUUGCAAGAUUAUUAAAUCCAGACUCAUCUAAUUGGACGUCACUUAAAGGAACUCAUGGAUAUAUUGCUCCAGAGCUUGCAUACACCAUGGUGUUAACUGAGAAGUGUGAUGUAUAUAGUUUUGGAGUUGUGGCUUUAGAAAUAAUUAUGGGAAAGCAUCCAGGGGAGCUCAUCUCUUCUUUAACAUCAUCAGUUGGCCAAAAGAUUCUACUAAGGGACAUGUUAGACUCAUGCCUUACCUUUCCAUCAGAUCAAAAUGUUGCAAAGGAUGUGGUUUCUAUUGUGAGAAUAGCACUUGCAUGUUUACGCAAUCACCCAGAAUCCCGCCCAAAUAUGCAUCAAGUAUCAAAAGGGCUAUUUGUUCUCCAACCAUCAUUUGUGGAGCAUAUUCAUACAAUUACUAUAGGUGACCUAGAUGCUAUUGAAAUACAAUAAUUGUGACCGACGACCCAUUUGACCAACAGGGGACUGACGUGAUUCAUUUAAGACUGCACUCAAAAUUAAACAAUAAAUCUCAAGGUUAGCAUUUUGUCAAUUGCAUGGUUAUCAAUCCAUUUCAUUCCAAAAUUAUAUCAUCCUUUUGGGAUUUUGAUCAGAAUGGCACAAUUGAAGUCCUCACUGUCAAGACCAUAGAGCUGAUCUUUAUUUCUUUGGAGGUGAUUCUUUUCUGAAAACUUUUGUAAUUUUAAUUUAUCUAUUUUAAUAUGUAUGCUUAGCAUUAGUUGUUAUAUGAUUUUAAUCUUUUCUUAUUUUGAAACUUGGAAGUGGUAGUUGAAGUUGAAAGAAGUCGUGCAGAGGCUGCCUUUUUGUUUCAGCCUCAUGUUUUAGUGAUGAUUGACUCCAAGGGGUUCUUUUUUCGCCUUCUUGGACAAUUAAAUGAGGGAAUAUAAAGAAUUCAAAGUUUGGAUAAUGGGCCAGUUUCCAUGGCAUAAGAGGCCCCUGAUGAGGGUUGGACAAUAGGCCAGAUAACUAUGUAAGGGAUCAUCCAAGAAUGAUUCAGGUAAGGUGUUCGGUGGCUCAAUAAAAUAAAUAAAUAAAUAAAUGAAAGAAGAAGAAGAAGAGGAAGGCAGUUGCUACUUCCGCAGAAGAAGAGAGGAAAGGGAGAGAGAAUGACCGCUGGAAAAACAAAAACAUGGAGAAAUCAUAGGAAGAAGGAAGAGAGGGUUCAGUUUAGAUCACUAUGAAAGGAUUAGAUGGGAUCCACGGACCAAUAUAUGUUAGAACAUGAUGUGUUGGCUAUGAUGCCCCUGUAAAGAAGCAACUUCCUAGAAAGACAUGCAACUGCUGGCCUAGAUGGUGAUUCCUAUUGUUGUGAUUCUAAGAAGAAGAACAAGAAAAAUGUAUCCAAAGAAGGAGAAGAAGAAAAUAAAGCAUAGAGAAACUUCAACACAGAUACAUGGCCUCGAAAAUAUUGUAAGAGAGGAUUGAAGCUGCCAAGGGAGCACUGCCGAAAGAUGGCAAUGGCGGCAAAGUGGCGUCGGGCUUGGGGAGGGCCACAACCAAGCGGAUAGCUAGCCUAGCAAAUGUGACAUCCAUGACGGAGGGGCGCCAAUCUUACGGAGGGCAACCACAACCAAGCGGAUAGCUAGUCUAGCAAAGGUGACAUCCAUGACGGAGGGGGGCCAACCUUACGGAGGGCAAUGACAACACAGUUGCUAGCCGAGCAUAGCUGGCAGCAAAUCAGCGGUAGCCAAAUGAGCCAGGUAGAUCGGGUCGCUGGCCAAGUAGGACUGGCGGCCAACAGCUACAGACCAUGUGGGCUGGCUGGUGACCACGCAACGGCAGAGCAAGCCAAGUGGAGCAUGAUUGCGACUGGCAUGAGAGAAAAAAAAAAGGGGGGGGGGCUGGAGGCGAUAGGCUGCUGGCUGAGCGGAAUCCAAACUAGCCUAGAGAAGGACUUGUGGUGAUGGAGGCUUACAAAGUUGGCGGCUAGCUGUCGGCCUUUUCACUGGGAAGUUCAUCAUCACCGAGGAGCUGUAAGCAGUUUAGUAAGUGAUCAGUAUGUCAGAAUUCCAAAAUGAGCAAUUAGAGCUUGGGAGGGGGGUUGGAUAAGCUAUGCUCUAGACAUUUCCUUCCUCUUAGCAGGGAAUAUCAGUGGCACUUUCAGCUUUCUGGCCGCUGCCCAUCUGCUGGAAGUGCCUAACAUUAUUCAUAUAUUCUGGGCUUGAUGCUGUGGUUGUCCUAUGAGCUUCUUGUGGUCACUCAAUCUCGUGAGUGGGAAUUAAGGAGAAAAAAUCUGUGUCAAGGGUUUUGUCAUAAUAGUGUUGGAAGGAAGGGGGCACACAAGAGUUAAGGCUUCCUAAGAGUCCUCUUUCACCCGUACACAAAAGGUUAGGCGGUGAAGACAUCUUUGGAGAUCUGCAUAUGGAAUUUGUAUCCGAGUUGGUACUAACUCACCUCUAUCUCUCUCUCUCUCUCUCUCUCUCUUUGUUUCUAUAUAGAAGGUGGGGGAGUGAGAGUAAUGUAUAAAGGUAAAUCUAUUUCUGAUUCUCAAACCAUGAGGCGAAGUUUUCUUGUGAGAUCUAUUUUCACUCUGGUUUUUUCGUGAGGAUGCAAGAGGGGGGUGAAAAGGAAGAGAAUUAGCUCUUUCGUGUUGGGUUGUGGCAUGACAGCAUUCUCUCUGUCAAAGAAAGAAAGAAAGGUACUGAGAUUUUUCUGUAUUUUGGAAUGACAUGUUUGAAGGUGAGAGUACUAUAAUUUUGUGAAUCCACCUUUGUUUGGUAAGUUGCUUUGUAAUCCAAGAUGUAAUUUUUCUCUUGA